AUGAAGGUACCAGACGCCAAAGAGAUUUCUUGCGGAUACAAGCUGGUCUUCCGCACGGAAGAAAUUUGGCCACUGCUCGGCAGGAAAGACAAUGUGACGCAACAGAUCAGUGAUGCCUGGAAGGUGGACUACACCCGCCACCUCUUCCGACCGACGCACUACAAGGGGUCCCGGCUCGAAGGAAUGCCGACUCCUGUGAAGCUGAACUUCAAUUCCAUGACCUUCCCUGGUUUCUUUUUCACAGCAGCCUCCGUCCUGCAGAUACGCAAGCUUUGCUUCCACGGGCACGACCUGGACUUGGAGCAGUGGUGGGAAAAGUGCAGGAUGCUGAGCCCACCCAUGCAAAAAUUGCAGACAGGUGUCAAGGGAGCCGUGGCAGUGUGGUUCAUUCUUCGCACACCUUUCGAGGACAGAGUUUGCGAGGGCCGAGUCUUGACCCAGCGGCUUCAGAGAAGGCUGAUUCAUGGCAUCUGCCAAGCAGCCGAACUUCACUCGACUGACAAGAUGGCAGCUUCCCUUCCUGGGCCUGCACAAGACGAUGAUUUUCAUCCUUUGAAAAAGCCACUCGGACGUUUUCCGUGGAACAGGUUUCUGUCGCAUCCGUGA